AUGUCAUUGGUCGCUCUCAAAAACCUGGUCAGUGGCCUUUUGUCCAAAAACAAGUCCGAUGACGAAUUGGACAGAGUCAACCGUUUGUUAGAUAACAACCAGUCCCCAUACGGCUCCACCGACAACCAAGACCGUGCACAAGAAGUCGUCAACGAGGAGGCCAUCUUGAACGCUGCCAAGAGCGUCAACGCGCUGGACGACGAAGACGAGGAAGAAAAGGGUUUCUUCAACAAAUUUGAUCCCAGAGUCAUGUCCGAUGUCAUCAUCGGUUUAUCCGAUGGAUUGACGGUUCCUUUUGCCUUGACCGCCGGUUUGUCGUCCUUGGGUGACUCCAAGUUGGUCAUCACCGGUGGUAUGGCCGAGUUGGUUUCCGGAGCCAUUUCCAUGGGUUUGGGUGGCUACCUUGCUGCCAGAUCGGAGUCGGAAUACUACAAGUCACAAGUCAAGAAGGAAAAAUUACAGUUCUUCAAGAAACCAGAAAGCAUUAACCAAGAAGCCGCCGAAAUCAUGUUUGAAUUAGGUGCCUCCGAACAAACCAUCGGGUCGUUCUUGAAAGAUUUGGAUGCUCAGCCCAAGAGUUUGAUUGAGUUUGUCAUCAGGUUCGGAAAAGGGUUGGAAGAGCCUGCCGAAGGCAGAGAAUUCACCUCGGCAUUGACCAUUGGUAUCGCAUAUUUCCUUGGUGGUUUCGUACCCCUUGUACCAUACUUUUUCACCACUCUCGUCAAGACCGGUUUGCUCAUUUCUGUGCUUGUUAUGUUGAUUACCCUUUUCAUUUUCGGUUAUGUCAAGACCUCUAUUUCAUUGGGUGAUGACUGUCCACGCCAUAAGAAGCUAUUCGAGGGGCUACAAAUGGUAGCCACGGGUUCCGUGGCUGCUGGUGCUGCAUGGACCUUGGUUUACUUUAUUGAUAAUUGA